AAUCACACUCCGUAUGUGUGAAACAUGCUAUAUUCAGGUCUCACGGCUUGUUUGGAUCCCUUUUGAACCUCUCCUCUCCUUUCAAGCAAAAAUACUUUGUUUAUCAAGUAAUAAAGACUCGAUGAAUGUAUCUAUUCAGAACUUUUUCUACCAUCUACAUCAACAACACCUGAAAGUCCGCUUAGUCACUCUUACCCCUUUAUUUUCUUAAGGAUAUACCGCUUCCAAUUUCAACAAUAUCAUCGGGGCAGAAUUGGUGAAUUUACAACCACAAUCAUAUUCACGAAACUCUAUCAUGACAAUUUCACAAACACAGCGUCCCAGUCUGCAGACUAAUAUAUCACCACCAGCAUCCUCACAUAAAUCACCACCAGCAUCAUCACAUAAAUCACAAGUGCGAGAAAGAGUCUGGGAAGAGCUCCGCUAUGUAGCUAUUCCCGACUCACGCUUCGGCCACGAUUACUCCUCAUUCAUUUGCGAUUUCGUGGGAUCAAAUGAUGCGUGCCGGCAGUUAAUCAGCCUACCAUGUUAUUCAUCUGCAGAGACAAUUUUCAUAGCCCCUGAUAAUUGUCUUCAGGAACUGCGAUGUCAAGCCCUGAAAGAUGGAAAAAUGGUCGUUUGUACAACGUACGGGAUUCAGAGGGGAUUCUUCAUUUUGAAUCCAAAGGAGAUACCUGAGCAGAAGUGGGAGGUCGCCAGUUACUUGGAUGGCAUGGAAAGAUAUGGUCGACCCGUUACAUUAACGGAAAUACGAGGCGAGGGAAUACGGAUAUCACUUAUGGUAACAGGCACGGGAGCUAUAAACUACAAAGGUCUUCGAUUUGGAAAAGGUCAUGGAUUCUUCGAUUUAGAAUGGGGAAUGUUAUAUUCCGUAGGGGCUGUGAACAAAGAUACACACACGGCAGCCCUGGUCCACGAGUGCCAGGUGCUGGAUGAAGAAUUUAAAGGGGAACAGUGGGACACAGGAUGCCAGUUUGUCGUAACGAACAAAAGAGUUAUUACGGUUUCUGGCGCAGCAAAACCAGGAUAUGGAAUAAUAUGGGAUAAAUUGCAAAAGGGAAUGAUGGAUGAUAUUGAAUCCCUGAGGGAGCUGCAAAAUAUUAUGUCGCCUCCGGAAUUGAAAUCUCCACAGGAGCAUACUAUGGACUUCCAGGAGGAGGCGAGGUUAUAUAUGGAUUAUGCAAGUUUUGAUUUUUAGAGCGGGAAAGGGAGAUUAGGGAAUGCAUAUUGAGCGAUUUUGGAUUCAUUAGGUGGAAGUUUACUAAUAGCAAUGCGAUUUUUAUGCAUUGCCUGGAUGGCUAAUUUCAGCACACUCACAUGACAUAUUCUCAGCGUGGGUUCUUGGUAUCUGUGAUAUGAAUGUUUUUAGGUAGUGUGAAACUUACAGCAAAGAAUGAUGGUAAGUCAUGUCUAGCAAGGAUCUAAGGUUCAGAUGUUGUUAUAUCUCGCGUUGUUGACACACGGCCACGAAAGCAGGAGGAUUCGCAAGCUCUCUUAGCACGAUGCUUACAAGUGGAAACUAUGUAUUUCUUUUAUGCUGAAUUCAAUGCGCUUGACUGGAAUCGUCUUGAAAUAUAUAUCUACGAGUAUCUCUAAGGACAAUCAAGACUUUUACGGA